AUGACAAUGACCAUUCUGCGCAACACGGCCAUGGUCAAGUCCCUGCUCCUGGUGGUUUUGGGGCUCACCUUCCUGAGGGAGGUGGCAGCUCGAAAAAACCCAAAAGCAGGGGAUGCUGCCCUGUGCCCUCCUCUGGAGGGUAACAGUGUGAGGGUUGACAUCCGCAUCCUCAGGCAAAACCAGGGUAUUUCCAUCUCAAAUGAUUUCCAGAACCGCUCCAGCUCCCCCUGGGAUUACAACAUCACCCGGGACCCCCACCGGUUCCCUUCGGAGAUUGCGGAGGCCCAGUGCAGGUACUCCGGCUGCAUCAAUGCCGAGGGGCAGGAAGACAGCUCCAUGAAUUCGGUUCCCAUCCAGCAGGAGUUCCUGGUCCUGCGGAGGGAACCCCAGGGCUGCACUCGCUCCUUCCGGCUGGAGAAAGUGCUGGUGACGGUGGGCUGCACCUGUGUCACCCCCAUCGUGCGCUAUGUGCGUGCCUGA